CUAUGGGAAUAUAUGACCACAAAAAAGGAAGUGUAUUCUGAUAAUUCUGAUACCUGAGAUGUAAGUGGACUGACUGAAGAGUGAAACAGGAAAAAGUUCAGUGCCAACCUUAGUUAUAAUGGCUACUGAUUCUGGGGAGCCAGCUAGCACAGAAGAUUCUGAGAAACCUGAUGGGGUUUCCUUUGAAAACAGGGUUGCUCAGAUUGCUGCACCUCUGAUUGUCGAAGCUAGAAUGAAGGAAAAAACAAGCACCUUCUCUGCCACCGGGGAAACCAUUGAAAGAAAGAGAUUUUUCCGAAAGAGCGUUGAGAUGACUGAAGAUGACAAAGUUGCCGAAUCUUCCCCUAGAGAUGAAAGAAUAAAGGCUGCAACAAACAUUUCAAGAGUAGAUAAGCUUCCUACCAAUGUGCUAAGAGGUGGACAAGACGUUAAAUAUGAGCAGUGUUCAAAGGCAACCUCAGAAUCCUCAAAAGAUUGCAUCAAGGACAAAAAUGAAAAGGAAAUGGAAGAAGAAGCAGAAAUGAAGGCUGUAGCAACUUCCCCUAGCGGCAGAUUCCUGAAAUUUGAUAUAGAGCUGGGAAGAGGAGCAUUUAAGACAGUAUAUAAAGGACUGGACACUGAAACGUGGGUUGAAGUUGCUUGGUGUGAACUACAGGACCGCAAAUUAACUAAAGCUGAGCAGCAACGGUUCAAAGAAGAAGCAGAGAUGUUGAAAGGCCUCCAGCAUCCCAAUAUAGUUCGAUUUUAUGAUUCCUGGGAAUCUAUAUUAAAAGGAAAGAAAUGUAUUGUGUUGGUGACUGAACUAAUGACAUCAGGAACCUUAAAGACGUACUUAAAACGAUUUAAAGUCAUGAAGCCAAAGGUCUUAAGAAGUUGGUGCAGACAAAUUUUAAAAGGAUUGCAGUUCUUGCACACAAGGACCCCUCCUAUUAUUCACCGGGAUCUGAAAUGUGACAACAUUUUUAUCACGGGACCCACUGGAUCUGUGAAGAUUGGUGAUCUGGGACUUGCAACCUUAAUGCGCACAUCAUUUGCUAAGAGUGUCAUUGGCACUCCUGAGUUUAUGGCUCCAGAGAUGUAUGAAGAACACUAUGAUGAAUCUGUAGAUGUUUAUGCUUUUGGGAUGUGUAUGUUGGAAAUGGCUACUUCGGAGUAUCCAUAUUCCGAGUGCCAGAAUGCAGCUCAAAUAUACCGUAAAGUAACCAGUGGCAUAAAACCAGCCAGCUUCAAUAAAGUCACAGAUCCUGAAGUAAAAGAAAUAAUUGAAGGAUGUAUUCGACAAAACAAAUCUGAAAGGUUAUCUAUCAAGGACCUACUAAACCAUGCAUUCUUUGCUGAGGAUACUGGAUUGAGGGUGGAAUUAGCAGAGGAAGAUGAUUGUUCAAAUUCAUCCCUGGCCCUAAGACUCUGGGUUGAAGAUCCUAAAAAAUUAAAAGGCAAACAUAAAGACAAUGAAGCUAUUGAAUUCAGUUUCAAUUUAGAAACAGAUACACCUGAGGAAGUAGCAUAUGAAAUGGUCAAGUCUGGAUUCUUCCAUGAAAGUGAUUCUAAAGCUGUUGCUAAGUCCAUUAGGGACCGCGUGACACUGAUAAAAAAGAUAAGGGAAAAGAAGCCUGCUGGAUGUUUGGAGGAAUGCAGGGAUUCCCAGUGCAAGUAUGUGGGGAAUGUAUUUCCUCAGCAGCAGACUACAACUUUACCACCUGUUCCUGGUACACAGACUGUGGCUGAAUGUGAAGAAACAGAAGUUGAUCAACAUGUUCGACAGCAAAUUCUACAGGGAAAACCACAGCAGCAGUGCUCCUCUGUAAGAGGUGAAACUUCAUCUGAGGCAGCAGCUGGACCAGUUCUACAUUCAGAUACUUCAAAUCUUCCCACAGUAGCCUAUUCUUCAAACCAGACAACUAACUCUCAGGUAGUGUCUAGUAUCCUACAGACUGACAUAAGUGUUCAAGGGCAAAUCUGUUCUUACCAACUAGUAGGACAUUGCCAGCAAAUUUCAGGGAUGAGGGAAUUAAUACUCUAUUUUACAUAUUGGAGAGUUUAUCUGUUUUCUUCUAUUUACCAGUUGCAAGAGCAGCCAAAGCUGACUGAGUCCCCAGUUUUGCCUGUGGUACAAGGUCAGUCUUCUGUUAUGCCCAUAUAUGCCGUUGGACAUGCAGUUGUUUCACAGUCUCAGUUUUCUCCAUUAACUAUCCAGAAGGUCUCACAGAUAAAGCCUGUGUCCCAACCAGUAGGAGCUGAACAACAAGCAGCUCUUCAAAAUCCAGAUUUUGUUCGAAGCUUGAAUCAAGAUGUGACAGCUAUGAAAGAAAACACUAAUAACUCUGAUAACCCAAAUGGAAAUGGCAAACAGGAUCGGAUCAAACAGAGAAGAGCCUCCUGUCCCCGACCAGAGAAGGGGACUAAAUUUCAGCUUAUUGUCCUUCAGGUAUCAGUCUCUGGAGACAACAUGGUGGAGUGUCAACUAGAAACACACAACAACAAGAUGGUCACUUUCAAGUUCGAUGUCGAUGGUGAUGCACCUGAAGAUAUUGCAGACUAUAUGGUUGAAGAUAACUUUGUGCUGGAAAAUGAGAAAGAAAAAUUUGUAGAAGAAUUGAGGGCUAUUGUAGGUCAAGCCCAGGAAAUCCUUCAUGUCCACUCAGCUGCAGAAAAAUCUAUUGGUGUUGACUCUGUUGCCUUGGAAUCCAUUAGUAACCAAACAGGAUCAUCUGAACAAGUACUGAUAAAUUCUGCAUCCACUCAAACCAGCAAUGAAUCAGUUCCUCAGUCAUCCCCAGUUGGUCGGUGGCGGUUUUGUAUCAACCAAACUAUAAAACAUCGUGAGGCACAGUCUCCUCCUUCUCUUCAGCCUUCUGUGGCUACAGUUCCUGGGUUACAUCCAUUUCCUAGUUCAAGAAAUACAAGUAAUCAGGAAAUAUCACAGGACACAUUGUUCACUAUAGAGAAUAAUCCAGGCCAGCAUGUAAUUUUCACCUCUAAAUCAGAACACAAGGAUGUGGUUGAUGGUAAUAUUUCUGAAUGUGCUAGUGGAGAAACUGAGCAGCCAACUAUUCUCUAUGAAGUGGAAGAUGACAGACAGAUAAGGGCACCAGCUACUGAUCAUUCCAAUGAUUCUGCUACUUUGGUAUGUCCAGUUUCAGUUGAAUGUGAGGCACUCACCAGCCAAGCAGGCAUGUUCAUACCUACCCAUCCAUGUCAGCAAGCUGCUGUUCUGGCUGAUGUGCUUAUGGCCCAUCCUGGUGAAUCGGUUCAGAUUGGUGAUAAUGUUGUUCUAACUUCAGCAUUUGUAUCUUCUGAUCAAAAGCCUCAACCAACUAUAGAUAGAGAGUUCAUUUCCCAAGAAGUAGAAACCACAGUGAACACUGAAACAAGUUCUCCUAAGGCAGUCCUUGCCACUCAGACUCCUGGCUUUGAACCAGCUACACAUCUUCCUGCUACUGUCCUGGAAUCAGAUGGGGAACGACCUCCAAAAAUGGAGUUUGCAGACAACCGAAUUAAAACGCUGGAUGAAAAAUUAAGAAACCUGCUCUAUCAGGAGCACAGCAUUUCUAGCAUUUAUCCUGAGAGUCAGAAGGAUACUCAAAGCAUAGACUCUCCAUUUUCUUCCUCUGCUGAAGAUAUACUAUCCUAUUCAAUGCCAGAAAUCAUAGCUGUCAGUCACUGUGGGAUUCAAGAUAGUCCCACACAAUCUCCAAAUUUCCAACAGACAGGCUCUAAGAUUCCGUCCAAUGCAGCUGCAAGUCAGCCUGCUAAUAUAUCAGUGUUCAAAAGAGACUUGAAUGUGAUAACUUCUGUGCCCAGCGAGUUAUGUUUACAUGAGAUGCCCUCAGAUGCUUCACUUCCAGGGGAUCCAGAGGCCUAUCCUGCUGCUGUGUCAAGCGAUGGAACCAUUCAUCUGCAGACAGGAGGUGGAUAUUUUGGCCUAAGCUUUACUUGUCCUAGUCUCAAAAAUCCUAUUAGCAGGAAAUCCUGGACUCGAAAAUUAAAAAGCUGGGCAUACAGGCUACGGCAGUCAACCAGCUUUUUCAAGAGAUCAAAAGUCCGUCAAGUGGAAACAGAAGAUAAAAGAUCAGCAAUUGCUUCUGAUCCCAUUCCUCUGCCACGGGAGUUCUCAGCUGACACUAGAGCUUUGAGUAGAUGCAAAGCAAUGAGUGGAUCAUUUCAGCGGGGCCGCUUCCAGGUGAUUACAGUUCCUCAGCAGAAGUCUGUGAAAAUGAUGUCUUUUGGAAAAGAACACAGACCUCCAUUCAAGAAAACAGCAGUCCAGUCCAGUGAACAAGCAGCAGCCUUUGCUGAAACUGCAGUAUCUCAGUUGAUCGAAGUGGAACCUACCAUGCCCACUCCUAAAGCGUCAGAUUCUUCACGAAAGUUACGAACUCUCUAUGAAACUUUUAAAGAAGAUAAAAGAGAGCCUGAACAAGGUGACAUCUUCUUAUCUUUCAGCACAGCUUGUGAAACCAGUGUGUCUUCAGUGACUACAGAAAAGAACUUGGAAGAAACUUCAACUACAGGAAUUAGUGUGCAUUCUGGGUCUGAACUGUUAGAUAAAGAAAAAGAGGAAUUGACUCAUGGGAAACAGCCAUAUGAAUUUUCAGCCCCUCUUGCUGGUAAUGGAAAGUCAGUGGCAAAAUCUGGUUCAAAGAGUGAUCAGUAUUUACCACUCAGUAAAGAGCAAGCCUAUGUUCAAACACAGAGUUCACUCUUCUAUUCUCCAUCUUCCCCAAUGAGCAGUGAUGAUGAAUCAGAAAUUGAGGACGAGGACUUGAAAGUAGAGCUUCAAAGAUUACGAGAAAAACACAUUCAGGAGGUGGUCAGUCUUAAAACACAGCAGAAUAAAGAGCUUCAGGAGCUCUAUGAACGCCUUCGAGCAACUAAAGAUAGCAAAGUGCAAUCUUCAGAGAUUCCUUCAUCGCCUGCUUCACCACGUCGGCCAAGAUCUUUCAAAAGUAAACUCCGAAGCCGUCCUCAAUCUUUGACACAUUCAGACAAUGUCGUUUUACAGACAGUUGUGAGCUGCCUUGUGGAAAAAUUACUUAAUGCUCUGUGUGUGGAGAGUAAUACAGUGUCACGCCAACAAUCUUCAGCUAGUAAAAAGGGGAUGUUCACAGAUGAUUUACACAAGUUGGUGGAUGAUUGGACAAAGGAAGCAGUAGGAAAUUUUCCUAGUAAGCCAAGUUUAAACCAACUCAAACAGAGCCAACAAAAAUUAGAGACAGAAAAUUGGAACAAAGUAUAUGAAAGUACUCCAUCUACUAUGGGCUACACAUCAACAUGGAUAUCUUCUCUCUCCCAAAUUCGUGGAGCUGUCCCAACUUCUUUACCACAAGGACUCCCACUCCCUUCAUUUCCUGGGCCAUUAUCAUCGUAUGGAAUGCCCCAUGUUUGUCAGUAUAAUGCUGUAGGGGCGACGGGGUAUCCAGUACAGUGGGUAGGAAUUUCGGGAACAGCACAGCAGUCUGUAGUGGUUCCUGCCCAAUCUGGGGGACUCUUCCAGCCCGGGAUGAAUUUGCAGGCAUUUCCAGCUUCACCAAUGCAGAAUCCGGCAUCAAUCCCUCCUGGUCCUAAAUGAAUCCCAAUAGAUGCUGAAACAAGGGGAGAGGACUUUCAUCAAAACACCUAUGAUACUAAACUUUCUUCUUGAGUUCUGCCAUAUUUUCUCUCAUUUGAGCCCACUUUCAACUGUGUUUUUUGUUGUUCCAAUGUGAUAUUUGGUACACCUCAUCAUUCUGUAGUAAUGUGCGCUUUGCACAUAGAAUACUGCACACAGAAAUGUUUUUCACUUCAAAUCCUAUCCUCUUUGAUACUGAUUUUUAAAAAAUACUGUUCAGAAUGCUUUAAUAAGCUCAGUUUGAGUGUUACCAUUUCCAGGACACUUUCAUGUGUUGCUGAGAAGCUCUAGCCCCACUUUUUUAUGCUGCUACCAGCAGUUGUAUAAUACUUUUCUUUAAAGUGUGUAAAAAACUGUGUAGAUUGGUUCUCCCCAAAUGUGGAUGAGGUAAGACUCUCUAAUCGCCAGUCUUGUGGGAUUUGUCACAACUGUCUGGGUUUACUUUUCACAGAAGGCAGUAAGUAACUGGCUGCAGGAAUGUUUUGAUGUAUAACUUUAGUAUACUUUUGUCAAGCAGUACAGAACAUGAGUGUUUUUAAUGUGAUUUUCUUCCCGUCAUCACAGCAGUAGGAGUGAGGGGUUGUUUUAGGUGAGGCGGAGGGAAGGAAAGAAAAAAACAGAACUGUAACAGUUCCUUGAACCUACAGCUACUAGAGCUGCUUUUGGGUUCCAGUAAUAACCCAAAGCAGCCAUCUUUUCUCAUGUGCACACUGCUUUGGUUUUGAGCAUCUGAGAGGCACUGACUUGGCUUGCAUUCUUUUUGCUAGGUAUUGCAAGCUGAUGUGAAUCUCAUUUGGGGUAAUCCUCUGUAAUCCUAAACAAGGAGAUUCAGGUUAACACUUUUGUCAAUCCAUUCUUCUAAAGUGAAAUGUACUUGACACAUUAGGGUUUGUAGCUUUUGAGACUUUUACAUAAAACACUGGCUUUACAGGGUUCUAAGAAAUGUAGGAUACACACCAUCCUGCAGUGAAAUAGUACACCCUAGGAUGAUAUUAUUUAAAUUGCCUUUAACCUUUUUUGAUGACAGUUUUUUGGUUGUUAUAAUUUCUUACUAGUAUCUAUAGUCUUAGACCAUUUUUAGAUGUUAGAUGUGUUUGUCAGCCUCUUGAAAAUUUGAGAGAAUUCACUGUCAAGUUGCACUUUACUGGGUUUUAUCCAGUUUUAGGAGGAAAGGAGGCAGUGUCAAAAUGUAUGCCUUUGGUUUUUUAGGAAGGUUAACUUCAGUAAUCUUAAAGGCUAGUCACAGGGUUACCUAAUAUUCAGUCUGUGAACCCAAAUAGAAUUUUUACAUGCUAUAUUAUCAGCUACUAAGUACACAUGUUCAAGUGACUUAACAUUCACUGAAGCUUUGAAAGUCGUUUCUAAUACGUUUUUCUAUUUAAGAAUUCUCUUGGUAACCAUUCCAAAUUGUGUUCAGUGUUUCUGUUAACAGAUUUUCCUCCAUAUUCCUCUAAAAUCUUACCCCCAUGGGCUUGCGGGAAGCUAGAAGAACUUUUCUUUUUAUUUCAUACAGUACACUUUGUGACAGUCAAUACACUUUUUAAGAAGUUGUCUUAUAUUACUUACCUAAAGGUCAC